CGGUUAAAAUGAACCAAUCAAAUUCAAACGUGUUGUUGAUAUAACCUAUCUUUUCGAUCAGUCUGUAACGGUUUUUCUUGUGUUGAUUUUCAAAUAUGUCUCCAUAGAAAUGCUGCAGCUAUAACGAGCAAAAGUGAUUUUAAAGACAAUGGAACCCUCAAAGGAUCCGAUAAGUGCGCGAACAGCUCAACUAAACUCGAAUUUAUUAUCGACGAAAACCUCGAACAGCCGAACCAACUUGCUCAAUCGCGACGGUUUGUUGGACGCCCUAACGGUCUUAUACGACGAAAGCAACAACGACUGCUUGAAGAAGUUCGAUCGACACAUCGGCGAGUUCGUGACCAGACAUCGGGGGGUCGUGAACGAGCUGAGAUGUUUACGCGUUAACGUUUCCGACUUCGAGGUGAAGAAUGUGAUCGGGCGCGGACACUUCGGCGAGGUGUUCGUCGUGAAGGAGAAGCAAACCGGCGACGUUCACGCGAUGAAGAUGAUCAGAAAGUCGGACUGCCUGCGGCAGAAGCACAUCUCGUACGAGGAGGAGCGCGAUAUUAUGGUGUGCGCGAAGUCGGUGUGGCUGACGAGGUUGCAGUACGCCUUUCAGGACGCUAACAAUCUUUACUUCGUGAUGGAGUACUUCCCCGGCGGCGAUCUCUCGGGCCUGCUUCAAAGACAAGGGGGGACGGUUCCGGAAAGUGCAGCUUCAUUUUAUCUGGCCGAAUUGGUGCUCGCCGUGCACGAUUUACACACGAUGGGCUACGUGCAUCGGGACAUUAAACCGGAAAACAUCCUGCUGGAUCGUUGCGGGCAUAUCAAGCUGGCCGAUUUCGGUUCUUCUGCUCGGCUCGAUUCCCGUGGAUUUGUUAACGAAGGUGUUCCCGUAGGGACACCGGAUUACAUUGCGCCCGAGGUUUUACAGUGCAUGGAUUCCAAUGCGAAAAAAAUGGGCUAUCAGAUAUCCUGCGACUAUUGGUCGAUAGGAGUUCUGGCCUAUCAUCUGACAGUCGGAAGUACGCCCUUUUCCGACCCGAACACCGCCGAAACGUACUCGAAAAUUAUGAACUACACGAACGGUCUAAAGUUUCCCCCCGACAUCGUCCUGUCGCAGUCAUUCGUAUCGUUCGUGAAGUGCCUCCUGUGCGACGCGACGAAACGUCUGAACUACGAGACCGCGUUGAAGCAUCCCCUAUUCAAAAACAUCGACUUCAACGGAAUCAGAGACCAAGUGCCUCCGUACGUGCCGAAGAUCGAGUCGAACGACGACACGAGCAACUUUUGCGAUGUUCCCCGUAAGAAAAACGAACCGAACAUCGAUAAUUUUAAGACUAAGACGCAAUUCUCCGGCAAGAACUUGCCGUUCGUCGGUUUCACGUUCACGCGCGACGUUUGCGACCUCAAGUACGCGUACGACUCGAAGAGCGAGAGGUCGGUCACGAAAAUCGAGGAGGAAUUGCAGAACGAACUCAAGGCACUGCAGAGGCAGCUGAUGAAAAGUAAGGAGGCCGCGGGCGAGUUGCAAAGUUUGGAGAGGAAGGUCGCCGAGCGGGGUCAUAAGUUGGAAAGCUUGGAGAGCUUGCGGAAUAAAUUGGAGCGCGAUCUGGCGAAUUCGAUUGCGGAAUGUGGGGCCCUGAAACGCACGUUGGAGCUCGAGCGAAAGGACCGUUUGAACUUGGAACAUAAGGCGCUCGAACUGAUCAAAUCCGCGAAACAAAAGUGGGAAAACUCCGAAAAAACGAAAGUGGACGGCCUCAAGCUGGAGGUCGCGCAGCAAAAAGAGAAAAUUCAGCAAUUGGCUUCCACCAACGCCCUACUCAACGAGCAGCUGCAGCACGCCCUGCAAAUGCAACACAAGCACAAGGACUCGAUCGAAACCGUCGAGCAUCUCAACCGGAAAAGCAUCAUCGGCCUCGAGACGCGCCUCGAAAAAAUCACGCUCGAAACCCAAAACCAAAUGUCGGCGAUCGAGAGCAAACUCCGCGACGAAACGCACCAGAAGAACCUCCUGCAAACCGAGCUUUCGGCGUGCAGGGCGAGCGAGCGUAGCCUGAGCGAAAAGUUGAAGGCGAGCGAGGAGAACUGCGGUCAUCUGCUGAUCAAGUUGGAGAGCAAUCAGAAGACGAUCAGGGAGUUGGAGUACAAAAUCGAAAUUUUGGGCGAGACCGCGAAGACCAUCGACGAGCAGAAGGCCAAGACGCGCGCCUUGGAGGACGAAAUGGUCAAGUUGCGCAACGAGAAAGUCGUCGCCGAGUGGGAGCAAAAGUUCAAGGUGGAGAAAGAGGCGAACGCAAACUUACAAAAGCAAAUUAAGGAACUGAAAGAGGAAUUAAAUACGUCAAUCGCGUCCCGCAACUCCUUGGUCGAGCAACAGAAGCUGAACUACAAUCAGCACCUCAAGGAGGUGCAGGAUCAGUUGUCGCGCACUCUUGAGGAGGCGAACCAGCUCGAGGUGAAACUGCAGGAGGCGAAAUCAGUCGAGCUUAACACCAAGCUCAAGGUCCAAACACUAGAAGAUCUCCUACAGCGUUUGGAGUCGGGCGUCUCCAAGCUCGAGAGCGACUCGGACAAGGAGAGCGUGCUCAAGGAGCAGGUCGCGCGGCUCGAGGCGCAGCUGAUCGAGGUGCACGAGACCUUGGCGCUCGACAGGCAGGAGCUCGGCCAGCUCAAGACGAAAUUCUGGCGCGUCGAGAAGGACCUGGGCAACGCCGAGAUCGACAAGCGGAUCUUUAAGCGCGAGCUCAAAGAGACCGAGGAGAAAAACAGGGAGCUCGGGACCGAGAUCGAAAGCCUCAAAGGCGCCAUGGCCGAGAAGAUCGGCGUGUACGAGAGCGCGUUGACAGAGGUGGGCGCGAUGAACGAAGAUCUCGCCAACGAGAUUGUCAAGCUGAAGGAGGUGGUGAGAUACAUGGAGGAGAGGUUUAAGGACGAGAAGGAGAAGUCGAACAGUGAUCAGAACGUGAUCGAUGCGUUGAAGAGCGAGAUUAAAGGUAAGGAGGCGCUGCUCGUCUCCAAAGCGCACGAGAUUGAGAUGUGGAAGCGGGAGAAGGACGAGUCGUGUCGAAUCGUUGAGGCACUCCGACAGGAGAAGUGUAACCUCGAACGGCUUCUCGCGACCAGUGAUAAGGCGAAGUCUACACUUCAAGGCGAGGUCGAUGGAUGCAGACGCGAGCUGCAGAAUACGCAAAUCAACCUGCAAGCCCUCCGCGAAGCUUGCACCUUGCUAGAGAACCAACUGGUCGAAUACGAAAACCUGCACGUCUCCUUCGAGAGUCAGCGUAAGUCGUACACCGCGAACACCGACAAGCUCAUCAAGGAGCUCGCAGCGAGCAAGGAGCAGGUCCAGGAGACGAAACGUAUGGUGAACGAGGAGCGCUCGCUGAAGUUAAUUGCCGAAACGCACUGCCGAAGGCUGAUGGAGGACAUCGAGUGUCUGCAGAAGGAGUCGUCCUCGUACAAGCAGCAGUGCGUCGACUUCAGGCAGUACUCGAGCACGCUCACCGACGAGGUCUCGUCGAUGGAGGAGAAGAUCGCCGACUACGAAGUCACCGUCAAGUCGUACGAGCGACAAAUAACGAACUUGAUCGCCGAAGGUAACUUGUUACAGGAGGAGAACUCGGAGUUGCUGACGAAUCUGAACUGUGUCAAGGAUUCGAAUUUUAAGCUCGGAUUGGAGCUCGCCGACGCGAAGAAAGCCAACGCGGACCUUUCGGACGCCAUCGGCGAGUUGGAAGCUCUGCUGCAGCAAAAGAUUAAUUACCAAAAGGAGCGCGAGUUGAAAGCCGACAGUACGAUUCAGCAACAAAUAAAACUUAUCGAUUUUCUGCAGUGUAAGAUCGAAGACAACAAACGCAAGAAGACGCUCUCGGACAAACUGUUUGGUAAUUCGAAGAAGGAGAACCAACCCCCUCCCAUCCCUCUAAACUACAAGGACCUCGAGAAUAUGCUCCUGCAAGAGCGAGACACCUCCAAAACGUUGCGAGAGGAGAUAUCGCGACUAAAUCAGAAGCAGAACGGCACACUUUCGCCACGGACCAAGACCACAAUGGAAAAGCUGACUCGGCCGCCGACCGGCGAGUUGAGCCGACAGAACUCGUGCCCGAGAAUGUACCACAACAUUCCCCACAGGUUCGAGUCGAGACUGUGCACGAAAGCGACCAAAUGCGCCCAGUGCGGCAACACCGUGCCACUCGGGCGCAACCUGAAAAUGUGCGGCGAGUGCCAUCUGGCGGUUCAUCCGUUUUGCGCGCCGAAGCUGCCGAAGACGUGCGGCGUUCCGCGCGAUUACGUCAAGCAUUACUCGGAGACCAUCACUCAUUUGCAGGAGGAGAAAGAGGUGCCGGUCACUGAUGAUGCAGUUGACGUGGAAGGAUGGGUCAAGAUACCAGUGCGAGGCAACACCGCCUGGGAGCGGCACUACGCUUGCCUUACGCCAACCACGUUGAAGAUGUACUCGCAACCUCCGACCCCUCAGUUAUUCCCCGUCGAGACCAUCGAAUUGAAAUCGCCCAACAGUCACGGAAUAGUCAUUUUGGAACCGGUCGCGUCGGAAAUCCACGCGCCCAUUGCAGCCAGCGACUUGCCGUUUGUUAUCAAGCUUCAGGUGAAUAGUAGCUGCUGGCCGCCGAAGCACGUGACGCUUAUGACUCUAAAUGCGAACGACAAGGAGAAGUGGUCCAAAGCGCUAACUUCAAUUUAUCAAACGCAACUUGAAAAAUACGAAGGCGAGGUCGUCCUAAAGUACCCUCAGGAUUUGAGCCUGAACUGCCUGGUGGACCUCAACGCGACCAAGCUGCUAGGUACCGAACAGGGUUUGUAUUCCUAUAACGAACAGGGGCUCGUCCACAUCGCCGGCCCCCUGCAGGUUUACCAAGUACUGACCCUACCGUCGAUAAACGCGUGCAUGAUGAUCGCCGAUUCGACCCGAGCGCUCAUCACGUGCAACCUCUACCACCUCGCGAGCAUGUCGAGAGCGGCGCCGUGCUCGAACCCCACCCUAAUGUUCAAAUCGGUCAAAAUGAACAACCUGCACGGCUUCCACUUGUUCGACGUGUCGGCGAUCGGCGGAAACCUCGCCUUGAGCGCGGCCACCUCCAAGCAGCUCGUGAUCGCGAUCCACGAUCGAAACCUCGGCGAGUUCGUGCCGGUUCGCAUUCUCGACACCGCCGAACCGACCGGCUGCCUGCUCUUCACCGAGCACAGUCUAAUCGUCGGCGCCAACAAGUACUUCGAAAUCGACCUGAACACCUUCGAGGCGGAGGAGUUCCUCGAUCUCUCCGACAAGAAGCUGUGCCAGGUGAUGAUGUGCUACGAGGCCGGCUCGUUCCCCAUCGGCAUAAUUAAAAUAUCCGACAAACCGAUCGAGUACCUGCUCUGUUUCAACGAGAUCGCGGUGUUCGUCGACGAAUACGGCAGGCACUCGCGCAAAGCCGAGCUGAAGUGGAACCGACUACCGCAGGCGUUUCACUAUCACGCCCCCUACCUGCACGUCGUACAAUUCGCGUCCGUCGAAAUCAUUAAAAUCACGCCGGACACCUGCAAUCGGUUGCAAAACAGCGUCGAUUCGCUGCUGAACACCGAUUGCUUCACCUUGCCUUUCAGCAGCGUGCAGCAUUUAGGUCGCGAGAGGCGGGGCGUUUACAUCGCGUGCGCCGGCGAAGUUCGCUACCUCGAAGGGAGGAAGGUGGACCCGGACGGCGCGUCGUUGAGCGACGAGGGGGACGACGUCGACGAGAUCGGCUCCGACAACAACUUCAGCUUUACCAGUUCGAUGGUUCGUAGUUUGGAUGGGAACUUAAGCGACGCGGAAACGACCGACAGCGGCCAGAGUGAAGAUUAUAACCCAAAGAAGAAGGUGACGUUCGACAGUCGUACGACACCUUUGUGAUUUUUACCUAUAACCACUAUACCGUUUUAUUUAUUGUAUGUACUUAACGUUUUAGUUAGUGUGAAAAUCCUGCAUUUCUUGCCUGUCUCAAUUUUCUAGUAGUAUCUAGUACUUAUUUUAUACAAUGUUAUUAAGAAACUAUUUUCGUGUA